AUGGCCACAGUGAGAAAGCGCGGACUGUCUGAGCUUCAACAGCACGUUCAAAUCGAUCUUGACAGCUGGAAAGAUAUUAAGCUCAACAUUGCUAUAGUUGGACAAAGCGGAUCUGGUAAAUCGGCUUUAAUAAAUACCAUGUUAGGACUUACUGCAGAAGACGCCGCGGGUGCAGCCUGUGGAGUAAUUGAAACGACAGAAAAGGUGAAGAUGUAUUGUCAUCCAGAGCGUCUAAAUCUUGUGCUUUGGGAUUUACCUGGAGUAGACACACCUAAUUUCACAAAAGAGCAGUAUUGGAAAAAUGUAGAGAAGAAUGUGGCUGACUUUGAUUUCUUCAUUAUAGUUUCAUCAGGCUCAUUCAAAGAUAGUGAUAUUUGGUUUGCGAAAGAUAUCCAAGAGAAAGAAAAGAAAUUCUUUUUUGUAAGAACACAAGUUGAUCUCGAUAUUAUAAAGGACAAACUUGCAUACCCGAACACGUACAAGGACAGAAAUGUCCAAGUAACGGUGAAAAACAACAUUUUAAAUCAGCUUAAAAAAGGGAACGUUGAGCACAGUGGUGAAAAUAUUUUUCUUGUCAACAACUUCGAUACUAGUGCAUUUGACUUUCAAAACAUGAUGAAUGUUUUGAUUAAACAAGCACCAACCUUGAAGCGAGAUGCCUUCAUUAUGUCUUUGGCAGCGGAAACCCAAGUUGUAAUCGAUGAGAAACUUAAGGUUCUAGAAAAUAGAAUACUAAAGAUCGCGCUUUUAGGCUCUUUAAGCUCAGCGAUACCAAUACCUGGUACAGGACUGGCAGUCGAGUUAGGUAUUCUGCAUCGCGAAGCAAAGAUAUACCGUGAACAAUUAGGAAUUGACGAGGACAGCCUAAUUAAAAUGUCGAAACGAAUGGGAAUGGAUGUAAGCAAGUUCAAAGAUAAGAUGCAAAUGAAACAUCAGUUAAUGUCUGCAACAGAAUUACUCAAAGUUAUGUCAUAUCUUGCUCCUUCAAAAGGUGUCGCAACCGUCGCUAAUUUUACAGUACCUAUUGUAGGAUGUAUCGCUGCCGGUAUGAUCAGUUUCCCUGUGUGCUAUUACACUCUCAAGCACGUUCUUAAUACAUGCAAGACUGAAGCAUCUAAUGCGAAGAAGUUGAUUGGCGAUUGGCUUUGUGCGAAUACCAACCCAGAUAUUAUGUAA